CGCGCUCCCCACGCCCGGAGGGAGCCCCCCACCCUUGCCUGCUCCAGCGGUGCGCGCGAUGGCCCCGCGCAAGAAUGCCAAGGGCGGCGGCGGCAACAGCAGCAGCAGCAGCUCUGGCAGUCCGACCGGCUGCACCAGCGGCGGCAGCAGCAGCCCCGGGGCCCGGAGAGAGACAAAGCAGGGAGGACUCAAGAACGGGAGGAAAGGAGGACUUUCUGGAAGUUCAUUUUUCACGUGGUUUAUGGUCAUCGCACUGCUCGGAGUCUGGACAUCAGUAGCUGUUGUCUGGUUUGAUCUUGUUGAUUAUGAAGAAGUGUUAGCCAAGGCAAAGGACUUCCGUUAUAACUUGUCAGAGGUGCUUCAAGGGAAACUUGGAAUCUAUGAUGCUGAUGGUGAUGGAGAUUUUGAUGUGGAUGAUGCCAAAGUUUUAUUAGGCCUUAAAGAAAAACCUGCUCCAAAGCCAACAGUGCCACCAGAAGAGGCAGACAUGUACCCUUGGCUGGAAGAUCAGGUUCUGGAGAGCCCAGGACCUCAGAAUAUUGAAGAUGAAGUACACGAGCAAGUUCAGUCACUUGAUGAAACAGUAUACUCAGAACAUGGAGAGAACCUGCACCAGGAACCAGAAGGACCAGCAGAAGAACUGCAACCCGAAGACCAUGUCUUAGUAGGAAGUGAUGCAGAUGACAGAUACGAACCCAAGGGAACUGGAGCUGUUCAUGAAGAAACUGAAGACAGCUACCAUAUAGAAGAGACAGCUUCGCCAGUCUACAGUCAAGAUAUGGAAGACAUGAUAUAUGAGCAGGAAAAUCCAGAUUCCAGUGAACCAGUAGUAGUAGAAGAUGCUGAAAGAACGUACCAAGAAACAGAUGAUGUCACCUACCGAGACCAUGAUGAACGAGAUCAUGCUGUAGACAAUUCAAACACAAUUUUAGAAGAACUGCACAUGCCCCCUGCAGAGGAACAGCAAGAAGUACCACCAGAAACAAAUAAGAAAGCAGAUGAGCCAGGAAAAAAAGUAAAAGCAAAGAAAAAGAAGCCUAAACUAUUAAAUAAAUUUGAUAAGACUAUUAAAGCUGAGCUUGAUGCUGCAGAAAAACUCCGUAAAAGGGGAAAAAUUGAGGAAGCAGUGAAUGCAUUUGAAGAACUGGUUCGCAAGUACCCUCAGAGUCCAGGAGCUCGGUAUGGGAAAGCCCAGUGUGAAGAUGAUUUGGCUGAGAAGAGAAGGAGCAAUGAGAUCCUGCGCAGGGCCAUCGAGACCUACCAGGAGGCGGCCAGCCUGCCUGACGCCCCCACAGACUUGGUGAAGCUGAGCCUGAAGCGGAGGUCAGACAGACAGCAGUUUCUAGGUCACAUGAGAGGAUCCUUGCUUACUCUUCAGAAAUUAGUUCAACUAUUUCCUGAUGAUACUUCCUUAAAGAAUGAUCUUGGAGUUGGAUACCUCUUGAUAGGAGACAAUGACAGUGCCAAGAAGGUCUAUGAAGAGGUUCUGAGCGUGACACCUAAUGACGGUUUUGCUAAAGUACAUUAUGGCUUUAUCCUGAAGGCACAGAACAAGAUUGCUGAGAGCAUCCCCUAUCUAAAGGAAGGAAUAGAAUCUGGGGAUCCUGGUACUGAUGAUGGGAGAUUUUAUUUUCACCUGGGGGAUGCCAUGCAGAGAGUCGGAAACAAAGAGGCAUAUAGGUGGUACGAGCUGGGGCACCAGAGGGGCCACUUUGCCUCCGUGUGGCAGCGCUCACUGUACAACGUGCAGGGACUGAAAGCCCAGCCAUGGUGGACCCCCAAGGAGACUGGCUACACCGAGUUAGUGAAGUCCUUAGAAAGAAACUGGAAGUUAAUCCGAGAUGAAGGCCUUGCAGCAAUGGACAAAACCCAGGGCCUCUUCCUGCCUGAAGAUGAGAACCUGAGGGAAAAGGGUGACUGGAGUCAGUUUACGCUGUGGCAGCAAGGAAGAAAAAAUGAAAAUGCCUGUAAAGGAGCUCCUAAGACCUGUUCUUUACUAGAUAAAUUCCCUGAGACAACAGGAUGCCGAAGAGGACAGAUCAAAUAUUCCAUUAUGCACCCGGGAACCCACGUGUGGCCACACACGGGACCCACAAACUGUAGGCUCCGAAUGCACCUGGGCUUGGUGAUUCCCAAGGAAGGCUGCAAGAUCCGAUGCGCCAAUGAGACCAGGAUGUGGGAAGAAGGCAAGGUGCUCAUCUUUGACGACUCCUUUGAACACGAGGUGUGGCAGGAUGCCGCAUCUUUCCGGCUCAUCUUCAUUGUGGAUGUGUGGCACCCUGAGCUGACACCCCAUCAGAGACGCAGCCUUCCUGCAAUUUAG